UAAGAAAUCACUUUUGAUAGAAUAAAGUAAUCAUAACUAUUAUUUUUUGAUGAAAUUUUAGCUCGAUUAGGUAUGGGCUGUGAAGAUAGUAAUGAUUGUAUUGAUAUACUAUAUAGUGAAUGCUCUGUGAGAAAAAAGUGUGAAUGCAUGUCAAACUAUGCAGAAUAUAAUAUGACAGCAUGUAGACCAUUGCUAGGCGGUUAUUGUUCAGAAAACCGACAAUGUGCAACUCUCAAUUCUUUUUGUUUAAAUAAUAAAUGUGUGUGUGACGAUGGUUUUAUAGAAUUUCCUAACAACGUAUGUACAUCAAAUUUUAUCGGAAGGUUCUGCAUGAUAGAUGAAGAUUGCAAAGAAAUACUGGGUUCGAAAUGCGUAAACAAUGACUGUGUGUGUAAAGACAACUAUGAUAUGCUGAAUGCAACGGCUUGUGCACCACUAUUAGAUGAAUAUUGUAAAAAAAACCAACAAUGCGCGCCCGCCAAUUCAAUAUGCAACGACAUUAAAUGUCAAUGUGAUUCUGAUUACGUACCUCGAUCUAAUAAUGAAUGUAUACCAAAAACAGGACAUUUUAAUAAAUCAUGUUCCAAAGAUGAUGAUUGUGUAGGCAUUAAAUAUGCAAAAUGUUCCACAUAUCAAAAAUGUGUUUGUCAACCAAAUUACGUUGCUCUCGGUGAUGAUAAAUGUAUAGCACUUAUAGAUGAAUAUUGUGACUCAGACAAUGAAUGUAUUUCAUAUAAUACUGUUUGUAUCAAUAAUAAAUGCCAAUGUUCCCAGAAAUUUAUCAUGAGAACCAAAUAUCAAUGUGACCAUAUUUCGCUUGGUAGAACAUGUCACAAGGAUAAUGAUUGUGACGUAGGCAUAAAAAAUUCCGUUUGUUCAAACAAUAAUACCUGUGUUUGUCGAAAAAAUUACUAUGCAUUAAACGAGUACGAAUGUGUCCCUUUUUUAGGUGAAUAUUGUUUGAACAAUGCGGAAUGUCGAUUCAAUUCGUCUAUCUGUAUUGAAAAUAAAUGUCAAUGCAAACAUAACUUUCAGUCUGUAUCAGCAAGUCAGUGCAAACCAAUUGAUUACAUGUAUAAAUGCAAUGAAGAUUUAGAUUGUGGUGAUCCAUGGCAUAUUAAAUGUUAUCCAGACAAGAAAUGUCGAUGCAAUGUAAACAAUAUUUCAAUUAAUAGAUCAACAUGUUCGCCACUUUUAAAAGGUUAUUGCUGGAGAGAUAGCCAAUGCUUCGUUCCCAAUUCAGCUUGUAUUGAUUAUCAGUGUAAAUGCAAACAAAAUUUCAUGCCUGUAUCUGGAAAUCUAUGCUUACCAGUGUGAAGUCGGUCUCUAUCAUCAAGGUUAUUCUUAUCACCAUUAUGGCUUUAUUCAUGGACUCCAAAACGGCUGCUGAUAAAUAAUCAUUGAAUUAUCAUUAUAACAUUUAUAUUAUAAUUUGAAAUGGUUCAAAAAAAAAGAAAAAACCAUAAAAAUCCCCUUAUUUAGAUAUUACACCGAAAAAAAAGUGUGGUUAUGUUAUUGUAAGCUUCGAAAGUAUUGCUGAUGGUAGAUAGUUUUAACAAUGUCUAUUGAUUAGUUAGCAACACUUAGUUGCUGCAUUAUCAAAAUCUUUGAACUUCUCACUACAUACAUAUAUAUACAUAUUAGGGUGCUUCAUUUCGGAGCCAGAUUUUUUGUUUUUAAGUGCUUGUGGAAAAAACCGUAGUUCAACACAAAAAUUUUCGCGCAUGAAAAAAAAUUCUAUGUCGAUUACAGACCUAGCGCAUUGAAAAAUUCGAUUUUCCCAUUUAAAUAACAUGGGAAAAUUUUUUUUUUUAGCUUUAAGUAUUUUUAACUUCGUUAAUAAAUCAAUAGAUCAAAGAGACUAAUACAUAUUUUUGUAGGAAAUUGAACGCUCUACAAAAAAGGUUUCUUAUCAUUUUUUGAUAAAUCCAUCUGUUUCAAAGUUAUUAGAGCUCGAAGUAAAGUUGGAGAACGUUUUACUUUUCCGGUGAAACUAUCA